AUGACCGUCGCAGUCAACAACACCGAGACCAUCUUUUCGGCUAGCCUCAAGGAGAAGUGGGCAGCUUCGAGUGACAAGGCAUCGCGGGACUUUCGCUCAGAUGUUGUCACCGUUCCGAAUGAGGCGAUGAUGCAGGCCAUCUUAGAGGCUUCUGUGAACGAUGACAUAUACGAUACGGAGGGCGAUCCCUCGGUCAAAUCCCUUGAAGCCAAGUUGAUGGCUUUGACUGGCAAAGAAGCGGCAUUAUGGGUCACCUCAGGCACUCAGGGGAACCAAAUUUGCCUGCGUACCCAUCUUACCCAGCCGCCGCAUACGGUGCUUCUGGACCACCGCGCUCAUGUGCAUUGCUGGGAGUCUGGUGCUUUGCCAGUCAUGUCCCAGGCGUCUGUCACUACGGUGCACCCAAAGAAUGGCGUACACUUGACCCUCGCGGACGUCAAGGCUAACAUGAUUGCGGAUGGCAACAUCCACUUUCCUCCCACGAGAGUCGUCGCUCUGGAGAAUACCCUCAGUGGAACCAUUUUGCCCCUCACCGAGGCUCAAGCCAUCUCCCAAUUUGUCCGGUCCUUCCCAGUACCAGAAGGCCAAAAGCCCAUCGCCAUGCACUUAGACGCCGCCCGCGUGUUCGACGGCGUCACUGGCGAAGGAGUCGACCUCAAGGCAUAUGCGGCCUGCUUCGACAGCAUGUCCAUUUGUCUAUCCAAGGGCCUCGGCGCGCCUAUGGGUAGCGUCAUUCUCGGAAGCAAGCAAUUCAUCGAGCGCGCCAAGUGGUACCGAAAGAUGUUUGGCGGAGGCACGAGACAGCCGGGGAUGAUGGCGGCGGCCGCACAUGCCGCACUGGACUAUAGCAUGCCACGGCUUGCACAAGUCCAUGCCCUGACUAAGGCCACCGGCGAGAAGAUCGGGAAGCUAGGCUAUAAGUUUGCGUUGCCGGUGCAAACAAAUAUGAUUGUGCUGGACCUGGAGGCAGUAGACAUUCCGGGGGCUGCUUUUGUCGAGUACUGUUUAGGUCAGAAGUUGGUCGUGUUUCCCAACGGGAGACUUGUCUUCCACCACCAGACUUCUGGAGAGGCCGCCGAGGCCUUGGUGGUUGCUUUGACAAACCUGAUGGAGGCCAAGAGAAGCGGUAUCGCCCUCAGCACCCAGGAAGUACAAGGAGGAUGUUCAUGA